UGCCUUCCCCUGCCUUUGCUUGCCCUGCCCGCUCGCAGGGAGAGCCUGGCGGAGUGCGCGGCGCGGGAGACGCUGGAGGAGGCGGCGCUGCGGCUGCGCCACGUGCGGUUCGCGUCGGCCGUGAACGCGGUGUGCGCGUCCCAGCGCUACCACUAUGUCACCGUGCUCAUGAAGGGAGAGGCCGAGCCGGGCGCCGAGCCGCGCAACCAGGAGCCCGACAAGAACGAGGGCUGGGAAUGGGUGAAAUGGGAUGAAUUUCCUCCAGCAGAUCAACUGUUCUGGGCCUUACGCUGUUUAAGAGAGCAAGGUUAUAACCCCUUUACAGAAGAACUCGAUCAUCUGAAGGGGUACACGGGAAGUCACCAAUUAGAGUGAAAAACAAAUUGUAUGUUAUGUCACAAACUAAAGGACAGACCUGCUUUUAUUUGGUGUAGAAGUAAAAAAGAUACAAAGUGCUCACCCUGCCCAUGUGAAAAUAUGUUUUCCAAAGAACAUGCCAACUGCUUCAGUGCUUUUCCCAUAUUUCACACGACAGUUUUCUCUCAUUCCAGACCCAUUUCUAGGUUUAGUAGUUAACAAUUAACAUUUACUUUUACAGAAAACUCUGUGUUUUAUCUAGUUUAUAUUGAUGAACAGCCAUUUGGAAGUCAGGACUAGCCAGGGAAGCUUACUCACUUAAAAGCAGUUGCAACAAAACUUACUUGUUUAAACCUGCUUUCCUGUAAUUAUUGGACCAAUUUUAAAACUUAGCUUUGUCUUUUAGCCGCAGUUAUGAAGCCACUGUCAUGAACAAAAGUUAUAUUUAAUAGACAAUGCCUUUUUUUCCUGCAGUCAGCAGUAUAUACUUGAAAAUCAAAAGACUUAUAAAUGAAAAUUCCCUGACCCUUCCUGCCAGUUGCUUCCAUAGCAGAGUUCUGUUUAGAGCCUCAGUUACACUGAAUUUAUCUGCAGAAAUG